GGAUCCUUAAUUUUGCCUCUUUGAUGCAGUUCCAAGGGGCGCCGCCGCCAAAGAAAAUCACUCCAAGCUGGUCCCUUAUUUAUGCCGAGAAAAGCAGGGGAGCGGGGCGGGCUCCGUGCAGCGCCCCGGCUCAGCGCCCUUCCGGCGGGAGGGUGGUUCUAGGGUGACCGAUGGCCUCAGGGGCCGGAGAGGCGCAGGCUCCGCCCAGGACGGGAGAGCCGGGCCCCGUGAUUCCGGGUCCCGCGAGCCGCUCACCGGGACGCGCCAUGGGAGCCGGCAGCCUCUUGCUGCUGCUGCUGCUGCUGCUGCUGGGGGUUCAAUCAUCAGCAAUAUCUGAGAGGAGAGCCGAGCCCAGCAGCCACAACUGUGGUGAUGGAGAAUAUCUGCAUCAAGACUGCUGCUGUAAAUACUGUCCAGCUGGCACUUACGUUAGUAAACACUGCAAGAUUCCACAUACAGAAGGAAUUUGUUACCAUUGCACAGAUGGAGAGGAUUAUACUGCUCAUGCAAAUGGCCUAGAUGAAUGCAUACGAUGUAAACUGUGCAAAGAAGAUCAAGUAACUGUGAGCACCUGCACUUUGACGAGCGAUACUGAAUGUCAGUGCAAGCCAGGCUAUUUCUGUCCUACUCAGGACUGUGAGAUGUGUUACAGAUGCAAGUCAAAGUGCCCAGAAGGGAAAGAAAUUGUACAAAAAUGCAAUGCUACAGUUGACCUGGAGUGUGGCCAUCCUCCAAUAGGGACUGCGAAUGCUGCAGGUUGGAUUGCUGGGGUCAUCGUUAUGUUCGUUCUUUUUGUGGUUGGGUGCCUUUUUCUUUUCCUUAAGAAAAGGAUAUCCUAUAAUAAAACAAAUAAAGAAAACAAAGAUGCAGAAAAAGAUGGGGAGUCGGAGGAUAGCACUGAAAUUUUCUUUGCACCAGAAAUGGAGAAUGCUAGUGCACCCAUUUUAGAUAUCCAAAACUCUGUUCAGAGUCCACUAGUUUUAGCAGUUAAUAGUCCUGAUUUUGCACUAAGAAAUGAAUUGCCUGAGGAUACCAGUGUUGCAUUUUCUGAGAGAAGUGGUCUACUUCAAAAUGGUGAAAACAACUCAUGGGAAGAGUCUUACCACAGGACUGCAGGAUAUUCAGCACCAAACAAACCUCCAGACAAGCCCAAUUUUGUCUCCCACCCUGGACAGUCAAAUGGUGGGAUGUCCAUAUCUCAGAUGGUCAGGGAUUCUGAAGCCAGGCCUCGUAUAAAAGUUAAAGAGCUUUCUCGAGAAGCACUAAGUGACAGUUUUUAUUAUUUUAUAAAAGAAGUGCCAUCACGCAACUGGAACAUGUUUAUGAGAACUCAUCUAGCAGAUAAUGAAAUUGAUAAAACAACUUUCGAACAUCCAAGAAAUAUUGAAGAGCGAUAUUAUCAGAUGCUAAUCAUUUGGAGAAACAAAUUUGGAAAUGAGGCUUCCAUUAUUAAAUUAUUAGAUAGCCUAUGGAAUAUAGGACUUAGAAGGUCUCAUGAAAACAUAGUAAACCAUUUAAUAAGUAAGGAUAUUAUAACUAUACUAGAGGCUGAAGACUAAUGAGUAUACUAUCAUCAACAAAAAAACCCAAAACCAAAAGGAUCUGUAAACUCUAUAGAUAUGUUUCUAUGCACAACCUUGCUUUAGUGCAUGUUGCCAAUUUUUUUUUUUAUUGUUGGUUUAAGAAAACUUGAAAAUAUCAACAUAAAAACUACUGGUAAAACAAAUAGAGAAAUGAGUUCAGGUAUCUGCUAUUCUAGAGGACACGAGUUGCGGUGAAGAGUCUCAGAAAUGUAUCUUACAGGACUCUACUUCUCAUUUGUUAAACGAGACAAGGAUUCAAGUUGCUGUGUUCACUGAGAAUGUGUCCUGAGUUGUAAUACAUGAAAUAAAAACUUGGGUAACCUUUUCAUGUUCAGUUGAGGAUAGAACAUAAGUGUACGUUAAACUAUAUAAUAAACUUUGAACACUUAUGUCUUAGGAAAUGAGAACUGUAAGGGGAACCUCACAGUAACUGGAUGGAGUGAUUUGUUGUCAUUGAAGGUUUUGAAGCAUAUUGUCAUUUUGUUAUCUGCACUGAUAAACUGGACCAAACAAUAUCCAGAAUCUUAAUUUAUUUUUUAUAUGCAGUGAAGAAUGUACUUAUGAGAACACUGUAAUGUGAAGAGAUUUGUAGUGUUUUAGGCCAGAAGGAAACGUUAGACCAUCGAGUUUGAUCUCCUGUAUAAUUCAGGUCAUUAAAUUUCCCCCAGUUACCUUUUGUACUGGGUCAAUAACUUAUGUUUGGCUAAAGCGUAUCCUCCAAAAAAGCAUCCAGUCUUGUAAUGAAGACAUCAGGAGAUGAAGAAUUCACCACAUCCCUUGAUAAUUUGUUCCAAUAAUUGCGUUCACUGUAAGGAAUUUAUGCUUUAUUUCUAAUUGAAAUUUAUCUAGCUUUAGCUUCUAGACAUGAUUCAUCUAGCAGAGAAAGGCCAAAUGAGAGAGAGCCCUUUAGUACCUGGUAUUUUCUCCCCAUGAAGGUUACUUGGAUACUGAUCCAGGUACCUCAUCUUUUUGAUAAGAAGAAAGAGCUCCUUAAGUCUUCCACUGUAAAGCAUUUUCUCUAGCCUGUGAAUCAUUUCUGUAAUUUUUCCAAUUGUUCAACAUCCUUUUUAAAGUGUGCACACCAGAACUACGUGCAGUAUUCCAGUCUCACCAGUGCUGUAUACAGAGGUAAAAUCACCCCUCUACUCUACUCACUAUCCUGUUUAUGCAUCCGAAGAUUACAUUGGCCCUUUGCCACAGCAUCACACAGGGAGCUUAUGUUCAGUUGUUUCUUUAAAUCCUUUUCAUAGUCACUGAUUUCCAGGAGACAGUUCCCCAUUCUGUAGGUAUGGUCUGCAUUUCUUGUUCCUAUAUGUAUAACUUUGCAUUUGGCUUUGUUUGAAUGGGCUCAGCUUACCAAUAAACAGUAUAUAAAUCUGUUUAACAGUAUACUUAAAUGCUGUAUUUUUAUUGUCUAAUCUUAAAAUUAUGCAAAUGGAAUUUCUACUUCACACCUACUGUUUAUGUACUUUAUAUAUUUUGCUAUUAAAAGAUUUUUCACUCUUUUAAA